AUGUACGACAUCAAUCCUCAAAGUAACAACGGACAGAAUGUCCUGUAUAAUAUGCUCAAAAAAGUCGGAGAACCCAAUGCAUUGGAUGAGCUCCUGAUCGAAUGGGUUACUACUGAGAACCUCCCUUUCCGCAUCGUCGAGAGCACCAGCUUCCAGAAUAUUGUUCUCCAUCUUAAUCCUGCUUUCAAGGGCCGAAUUCCUUCAGCAAUGGUUCUUCGGGACAGACUCGAUACCUUGUACAAGCAGGCACAAGGGCCAGUUACAGAGCUUCUUACGACAGCCCGGGGAAGAAUUCAUGUCACUUUUGAUGGCUGGACAUCUCGCAAUCGUCUAUCUUUGCUAGGAAUUAAUGUAUUCUUCAUUGACGUAGAUUGGAAUCAUCGCAAGUUACUUCUUGGGCUGCCCUCAGUUCAGGGAAGACAUACUGGAGAGAAUCUUGCUGACGAGGUGGCAAGUGUGCUUGCAGAGUUUGGGAUUGAUGCUUCAAGACUAGGCUACUUUGUCCUUGACAACGCCCGCAACAACGACACAGCUGUAGCAGCCCUUGCUGGUGAAUUCGACUUCAACCCCGAGCAUCGCCGACUUCGCUGCAUUGGCCACAUCCUCAGCCGAGUGGUGAAGCAGUUAAUCUUUGGUGCUACUGCCAAUGCGAUGGAGACCGAAGAUGAUGCUGACUUCGACUUCAACACUGCCAGCGAUGAGUUGAAGAAAUGGAGGAAAAAAGGGCCGGUUGGGCGGCUUCACAACUUCGUCGGCGCCAUCAACCACUCUCCUCAGCUCGUUCAACUGCUCCUUGAAUGGCAGAAAGAAGAUAUCGCCUCCGGUAAACUUAGCCACAUCGAUAAGCUAACAGGAAGGCUCAGGAAGCCACUUAUGCCAGUAUCUGACAAUGAAACCCGCUGGAACUCGAGGUACAGAAUGAUGCAGCGUGCCAAGCUUCUUCGCUCUUAUUUUUCUCGGUUGGUCAUAUAUAUCCAAGAGCAAUGGGAGCAUGAUAAACUGCGGAAGGGCACGAAGAAACCCACGAUUCUGGAUGAUAAGCUAGAAGACGCCGAUUGGGAUGUUAUCGAUGUGUUUUUGAAGGUCCUUGGUGCCUUUGACGCUCUCUCAACCCGUCUCCAGGGAAAUGGUGAGCCUGAUGAGGAUGGGAACAUCCGGUCUGGCGCGUUCUGGGAAUACUUCCAAUCCUUCGAGUUCCUCCUUAACCACCUCGAGAAGCUGAAGAUGGAUACCGACCUGGUCAAUGGGCUGGACGCCAAGUCAGUCACUAUGGUACGGAGCCAUAUUAAUUUGGCUUGGGAAAAGCUGGACAGCUAUUACCAGAAGCUGUGCCCUCCUGCGUAUGCCGCCGCUAUUGUUCUACAUCCUUGUUAUGGCUGGACGGCCCUUGCAAAGCAUUUCAAGGGCAACCCUAAUGCCAAGAAGUGGCUUGUAGAAUAUAAACAUUCCGUAAAGAAAUUAUGGGAGGAAGACUAUCAGCACAUCGCCUUGAAGUCCGCUGACACUCCUUCCCCAUCGUCAACAUCGACGUCCCGUAAAGAACGCAGUGAAUUCGAGACCUUCCUUGACUCAGCAAUGCAAGACGAUGAGGAUGACGCGAUGGCUAUUGAUGGUAGUAUAGGUCCCUUCCUUGAUGAGUACGACAGGUAUUGUAAGACAUGGAAGCGUGCGGAUCCUAAGCUCUAUCGAGAGAACCCGUAUUUAUGGUGGAAGGCACAUGAGAAAGAAUACCCAAGGCUUUCUCGUAUGGCAAGCGAUGUUUUGUCCAUCCCUGCCAUGUCCGCACAAACAGAACGAGAAUUCAGCUCUUGUGGGCGUAUGGUGGGCGUAUUAAGGACGAGGUUGGACCGUUGGGGCAUUGCUAUGUCGCAGUGCGUUCGCUCAUGGAAAAACGAGGGUAUUAUAUAG